AUGCUGAGUGCAGACGCUGGUUGCGUUGGCAUCUACAGCAGAAAUCGAUUCGUGUUCGUCAAAAGUCGACGUAAAGGGCGUCAAAUGUUGACGCUUCUUGGGCCCAACUGGUGCUUUUUUGUACCGCCAACUAUGCAGCGCUUAAAGCCUUCCGGCAAUGUGAUUUUAAGCCGUCAAACUUCGCCCAUCAAAGUUGAGCGGCCUGGAACACUUUUCGGAGGCAACAUGAAUUCACUCAACCGGAACGACUAA